CCUGCAGUAAAUGGCCAAAGGGAGACGCUUCAACCCGCCUUUAGACAAGGAUGGAAGAUGGUUCCCUCACAUCGGACUGACGCAAAAGACACCAGAAUCCAUCACAAGUGCUAUGUUAAAAAAGCCCCAAGGUCCACGUUUGUCUUGGCAAGCGGACGGGAAGCUACCGCCAAUCUACAAAGUCCGGGAGAAGCAAGCAGUAAAUAACAACUUCCCCUUCUCUGUACACGACAAUCGGCACAGCUUUCAGAACUCUGGGUACUACCUCGACUCCGGCCUGGGACGUAGGAAGAUCUCCCCAGAAAAAAGGCAACACGUUUCAAGAAAUUUCAAUCUUUGGGCGUGUGACUAUGUUCCGUCUUGUCUUGAUGGCUUUUCAAAUAACCAAAUAUCAUAUGUCUACCAGGAAGCUGCGGUGGUCCCAAUUUUCAGACGCUUUCCAAGACAUUAUAAUGAGAUAUGGAGCACUUUUAAAUUUAUUCCUGAGCGAAGCUAUACAGAGUUUUUGAAAAAGAAUCCAAAAGUAAGGUUCGCUAUUGACAAAAAGACCGGUUCUCCACUGGAGCCCUAAUCCUUCCAGAAGAUUCUUGAUGAGUUUUGUAAUAUUGGUAUUUCUUUGGACAUUCUAAAAGUAUGUGUUUCUGACUCAGCACUACCAUUUACCAUAAGAUUUGUUUAGCGUUAGAGAUUAGAAGACUGUAUACGCUUUAAUGCUGAAGUGAAGUUUUCUUGCAAUACUAACAGAGAUUAAAAUCUUUAUAUUGAGAAACCAGAAAGGAAACAGAUUAUGUUACCACUCUCCACUUUAAAAAUAUUUUUAUGAUUUUUAAUAAGAUUGAAAAACAUUCAAGUCCUUAUGAAACAAAGAUAUGUGGAGAUAUACACAUUUUAAAUUAAUGUAUUUUAAAUGAAAACGUGUUUAAACGAAUUUUAAAAUUGCCACAUUAGCUUCUGGGGAGAGGUAAAAUUACAUAAUUAAUAUAUGGUUACAUUUUCAUUUUGAAAUUUCAAACAAUACAGAGGAAGUAGGAGUCCUUCCUGAUUUCACCACAUCUCCAAUCCUUGCCCUGUCCUCAGAAGUAAGUCCACCGUUUGUUUUUAUUCUGUGCAUUUACAAUCAUAUAAAUGCACAUAACUUAAUAAACAUUUUAAACAUAA